AUUGCGUCCUGCAGAAAGUACUUUCAUUCUCCAGCAGGUCUGCAUUCCUCAACAGCCACUUGACUAUCUUUUUCUUUUUGGUCACGCACUGUAAACUUCCUACCUGACCCUCUCCCCACACUCACCUAAGCAGCUUUUUUUUUUUUCUGGAGGAAAGAUCAUUUUGACCGUGUGCACACGCCUCACGCACGCGCACAUUAAAGAAGGUGUAUGGAGGUGAAGCAGCUGCUGAGGACUGAAGACGGCUGUCAGCACAUUUCUCUUUCACCAACUGGAAGCAGAACUGAAUGGACUAGUACUGGUGAGAGACACAAACUCUGACCUUCACUCCAAACUCCUUGCAGUAGUAUCCACCAAACAUCUGGAUCCACCAUACUAAAACAUAGCGACCAUCAAAGUAUAAUAAUGGAAGAGCAGUCCACCAGUGAACCAUCCAUAUCAGGCUUCGUCCUGGCUGAUUACGCAGUCUUUGCGGCGAUGUUGUUCGUCUCUAUGGCCAUCGGACUCUUCCAGGCCCUGAAGAAGAGCCAGAGGGAGGCCAGUGCUGAUGACUUCUUCACCGGGGGUCGGAGCAUGCCGGCAGUGCCUGUUGGGCUGUCUCUCUGUGCCAGUUUUAUGUCAGCAGUCCAGGUCCUGGGUGUUCCCUCUGAGGCUUCCCGCUAUGGCUUUAAAUUCCUCUACAUGUGCCUCGGACAAAGCAUCAACUCCCUGCUGACAGCUUACCUCUUCCUGCCAGUUUUCUUUCGACUGGGCAUCACCAGCACCAAUCAGUAUCUGAAGAUGAGAUUUGGCAGAGGGAUGCAGCUGUUGGGGAGUAUCCAGUUUCUUGUGGCGACGCUGCUUUACACAGGGAUUGUCAUCUAUGCACCUGCCUUGAUCCUUAACCAAGCUACUGGACUCAACAUGUGGGUGUCUCUGUUUUCUACUGGCAUCAUUUGCACCAUGUACACCACACUGGGUGGCAUGAAAGCUGUGAUCUGGACCGAUGUGUUCCAGAUUAUCGUCAUGUUGUCGGGCUUUGUGGCCAUUUUCAUCUACGGCACAGUUCUGGUCGGUGGUCCUGCAAUGGUCCUGGAGAUCGCCAACAAUGGAUCACGCAUUAAUUUUAAUGAUUUUGACGCUGACCCUCGGCAGCGCUAUACCUUCUGGAGCCUGUCUGUUGGGGGUGCAUUUGUUUGGCUUUCCAUGUACGGAGUAAACCAAGCUCAAGUCCAGCGCUACAUCUCCUGCAGAACGGAAAGAGAGGCCCAGUGGGCGCUGUUUGUGAACCAAGUGGGUCUGUGCCUGAUUGUGAGCAGUGCAGCAACCUGCGGCAUUGUCAUGUUUGCUUAUUACAUCCACUGUGAUCCGCUGAAGUCUGGGAGGAUUUCUGCCCCUGAUCUGUACAUGCCUUACUUUGUGUUGGACAUAUUCAAAAGUCACCCUGGCUUCCCAGGUCUUUUCCUUGCCUGUGCAUACAGCGGGACUCUCAGCACGGCCUCCACAAGUAUCAAUGCAAUGGCUGCAGUAACGAUGGAGGAUCUGCUGCGACCUCAUCUGCUCCACAUGACCCAGAAGAAACUGAUCUUGGUUUCCAAAGGACUGUCGUUGCUGUACGGAGUUAGUUGUAUCACCGUAGCUGCUCUCUCCUCCCUGUUGGACUGGGGAGUUCUUCAGGGUUCGUUCACCGUCAUGGGUGUGGUCAGCGGUCCAUUACUGGGCGUAUUCAUUUUGGGGAUGUUUGUCCCAGCAGCAAACAGGCUGGGGGCAUUCUCAGGAAUAUUAGUGGGCUUCUGUGUCUCUCUGUGGCUGGCAGUCGGUUCAACCCUUUACCCGCCCAGUGAGGAGACCAUGGGUGUCCUGCCAAGCUUUGCAGGCGACUGUGGAUCCAACAACGUCACCCUGAACAGCAGCCCUAACCAAGACGAACACUCCAUCUCCACCCUGCUUCGCCCCAAUAACCAGGGGGGCCUGCUUAACUUCUACUCCAUGUCCUACCUCUACUUUGGUGCCAUGGCGACUAGUUCGGUCGUGCUAGUUGGGCUGAUAGUGAGCUAUGCUACAGGACCAACAAAGAGGAGUCAUAUUAAAGAGGGUUUGUUAUGGUGGGAUCUGAACAAAAAACAAGUAGAGGUCCCAUCAGAGCGCAGAACUGGAACAAUGUCCAGGAUGUUUACCUGCCUUCGGUACAAUGCAAGCUGGGAUACACACAUGAGCCUGAAUAGCAAUAAUCAGGGAGACAAGAUGACAGAUAAACCACAGCUUGUGCCUUUAAGGGAACUGCAUAGGGAAGAUGCAAAUGAAGAAGAAGAAGAAGAAGAAGAAGAAGAACCAACAGAUGCUGGUAACAUUAAAUCACCUCUCAGAGUUUAGGUGUUGAACAACUAAAAGUUUUUUGUAAUCUCAAAUAGCACUGAUGAUAGUGGCAUUUCUUCUCUAUUGGCAGAAACCUUUUUUAAUACACGUCUUUUUCCUGUUCAAUUCAACUUUUUGUCUCUUUGUAUGUCCUAAGUCUGCCCCACAUUUGGAGCUAAGUUUGAGUGAAACAAGAGGCUUUUUAAUAAAUGUAUUUCUUAAAAAUGUGAUUGGAGGCCUUUAUAAUUGUGCCAAAGAACAUAUAGACUCUAAUCAAAUACCCUCCAAUGUUUUUUUUUAAAUUCUUUUAAUGUUGAAAGGCUCUUUCAUCAGGACAUUCAUUCUGGUAUGUCCCAUAUCUGUAGCAAUGCACACCUGCACUUCAAACAGUCUUAAUGGAUAUGUGACAGGCAGUGUCUUGGCUUUGUGCGUACGCAUUAACAGUAAUUCAACCUUUCCCACUGUUUCAUCACUCUGAGUUCGUGUCUUAUCAUCUCGUUACCGAAAGCUUCCUCUUAAAUGGACAGUAAAGGGAGUAUUUAUUGACAAAAAAGUGGUUCGACUCUCUUCUUCUUAUUGGCUACGACUGCAAUGAAUGGGAGAUCUGUGACGGUCCCUGUCUAGUGUUGAUGUGCUGAUGUGGUUGACCAGUUAUGACUUUCCACAUAAAUAUGAAGUGCGGGAGACAUCGUAAAGAUAUCAGAAGCAUUUCCAGCCACAAAAGUUCAGAAGUCAUCACUCAUCUAUAGUCCACACACAGCCGGCAUCAGUAGAGACCUGUUACAACAAGAUAAGCACGAAGGCAGCACCAUCACUGACUAUAUAUAACCCAAUUCACUAUAAAUAGCAGCAUUAUAUGUGAACAACCUCUGCUAUAUUCUGCAGUGAAUGGAAGGAAGAAACAUGAAAGACAUCUCCUGUUGUGAAUACUUUAUUCAUGGUACUUUGUGGAUAAAAAGCAUGACUCUGAUUGCUACUGUUCAUAUCUGAUAAGCCACUGGUUGUGCUUUAGCUUUAAUGGAGGAAUAUUCAUAAGAAAUAAAACACCCCCAGUGCACUAAAAUGUCACUACUUCACUACUUCUGCUACUGUUUUGUUUAUGUUUUAACAUUUAUUCCAUUAUUGCUGCUUGUUGUCACAGUUGAAACAAAUGUCUUCGGUUUCAUAGAACAUGCUUUAUAUGCACAUGUUUUAUAACAACAAUUAAUAAAAUAUAUUCCACAUUACAA